AAAGCAGCAUAUAAGUGAGUGGUGAACUGUAGAUAAUAUACUUCAGUGAUACUGACGGAAAGGACAAAAGGGGAAAUGAGUGGAGAAACUGUUACUAUGGCUUCUGAAACUACUUAAUAUUUCAGCAGAACUCAGGACUCUUCACCUGCACCACUGUUAAGGUCCAUUUGGUGAAUUGUGAACAUCAGAACAUCAGCUCUGUAACGUAGAUGGUGUUGGUGCAUGGAAUCAAACCAGUGUUUUAUCAGCUACUGGAAGCCUCAGCAGUUACAGAAGUGAUGUUGAUGAACUUCAUCGAUCCCAAAGUUCUUUAGUGACGAUGAUGUUCAGGGCAAUGGGACAAAUCCUGGUGAAUAUUGUAGCAGAAAUCAGGACUCUCAGGACUCUUCUUCUCCUGCUGUGCUGUUUACUGUGUGAAGCUGGAGACGAGACGGUCACACUGCAGGAAGUGGAAGGAACCACUAUAACUCUCCAUACUGGGAUAACUGGGAUUCAGAGUGAUGCUCAUAUUCAGUGGUUUUAUGGACCUGAGAAAUUAGAGGAAAAGAUAUUGAUUAGUCAGGUGUUUAAAGGAGAAACUGUUACAGACAUCAGUGAGAGAUUUAAAGGGCGACUGCAGCUGGACAGAAUCAGUGGAGCUUUAACCUUCAGGAACAUCAGCAGAACUGAUUCUGGAGUUUAUUUAUUACACGUCAUCAAUGGAAAUCUCUCAUCUAGGACUUUCAGUGUCAGUGUUUAUGCUCCAGUAUCAACUCCAGUAAUAAUAAAUGAAAGAGGAAAGCCAAGUGUGAUUUCCACAGAGUCGUGUUUCCUCCUGUGUUCUGUGGAGAAUGGAGAAGAUGUGAAGUUAUCCUGGUACAGAGAGAAUGAGAGAAUCUCCAUCACCAAUAACACAGAUCUCAGUGUUCCCCUCAAUCUCCCACUUCAAAUACAACACAAUGACACUAACACUUACAUCUGUGUGUCUGCAAACCCUGUCAGCAAUAAAACAACUUCUCUCAACAUCACACAGCUCUGUGACGUCUCAGAUGAUUGUCCCUAUUCACUUCUUCCUGCUCUGGUAUCUGUUGGACUUUUUGUGUUAUUAAUUAUAAUAUUAAUAAUUGCGGGGAUUCGGCUGAAGAAGAAAAAACACAAGAAAUUCCUGAUGUACUGACUUCCUCUGAUGCGAAUAUCAUCACUUACAGUGCAGAGAGAGAUAAAGAGGAAGAAAACUCCACAGUAACGGAUGAUGAGACCCUGUGGUGUAUUCAGACGUGAGGAGAUCCAAAUAAUUCAACACAUCUCUAUAUGAUAUAAAAUAUUUUAUGUUUUUGCACUUUUCAUGUUCUGUCAUACGUCAGAGUGACGCACUCGUAGGAAAGCUUUCUUCACUUUAGCUUCACUUUAUCUUCACAUGCUCAUAGACAUAGACAAUUGGCUAGUGUUGCUGCGAAUGACCAGAGACAGAGUAUAUGCCCCUCUCACCCCGAGAGCAUGGCCAGAUUUGCCCUCUUAACUGGACACCUUGAUGAUGAAGGUACAGGAGCACUUUUUGUGUCUGGUUCCUCUCAAGUUUAUCACUCACGUUGCCUCAGGUUGCUUUUCCUUCCCUCUGCUGCCUUGCCCUACCUCAUUAGUGAUGAAUGUUAAGUGUCCAGACUUUCUCUACAGACUUGUGUAAUAUGGUUCAAAUAUAUAAUAUAAUGCCUUCCUGAUGUUUUACAAACUAAAGUGCAAUUCUGUAAAAAUUCAGAAUUCAAAAUCAGUAUUUUAUACAACACUAAAAAUGUGCUGAUAUUUUACAUUGUUACGUCCUUUUUUAUGUUUGUUCUCUGUUUUGGGAGGUGUCUGUGUUUCUGUGCAGGAUGAACACCGAUUGGUUACUGAUGGUUACCUGGUGCCACGCCCUGCCUGGUCAGCUGACUCCCUGCAGCCUAUAAAAGCCUCCACCACCUCUUCCUGCUUUAGCUUUUUGGCUCACUUGCUGUGUUUGUGUUACUUGUUUGCUGCUAGUUAGUAUUGUGUGUGAGUUGUCUGUGAUAUUAGUGUGUUUAGACAUUCCUGUUAAUGCUGACUAUUGCCUGUUCUUUUGACUGUGACUCUGGAUUGCAUGUUUGUUCUUAUUAGCUAACCUGCAAAUAUGCGAAUAUAGUAUUACUGGGACAGCAGGGAGACGGAUGCCAUUUUUGUUUGAACCUUUUAUUGGUUGUGUUUUUGUACAGGGAGUUAGGGAAGGAAUUGUGUUCCUUUUUUGUUUGUUUGCACAGCAGGGAAUUUAAAGGGUACAACAAUGAGUUGUUUCUGUUAGUUAUUGUGGCCUUGUCGGCUCCUGAAGACAUAACCCCAGUUGUACAUGUGAAAUUUGUUAUUCUCAUUAAAAAUAUUGUUUAUUCCGUUA